AUGAAUCACCUGACUGCGCUCUUCCAGGAGAUGUGGCGUCAAGGUGAAGUGGCGCAAGACUUCAAAGACGCAACAAUCGUGCACCUAUACAAACGCAAAGGAAACCGCCAAGUGUGCGACAAUCACCGCGGAAUCUCCCUGCUGAACAUCGGCGGGAAGAUCUUCGCUCGCAUCCUUCUCAACCGCCUCAAUAACCACCUGGAACAGGGCCUUCUGCCGGAAAGCCAAUGCGGCUUCCGUCGUCAUCGUGGGACCACGGAUAUGAUCUUCGCCGCCCGUCAACUUCAGGAGAAGUGUCAGGAGAUGCGGACCCACCUGUACUCUACCUUCGUGGACGUGACGAAAGCCUUCGACACGGUGAAUCGUGAAGGACUGUGGAAGAUCAUGCAGAAAUUCGGCUGUCCGGAGCGAUUCACUCAGAUGGUGCGUCAGCUGCACGACGGUAUGAUGGCGCGAGUCACGGACAACGGAGCUGUCUCAGAGGCAUUCGCAGUGACCAACGGAGUGAAGCAGGGAUGCGUGCUGGCGCCUACCCUCUUCAGUCUUAUGUUCUCUGCCAUUCUGAUGGACGCCUACCGCGACGAACGUCCCGGGAUCCGCAUCGCCUACAGGACGGACGGUCACCUCCUGAAUCAACGGCGCAUGAACUUCCAAUCGCGCGUAUCCACAACAACCGUCCACGAACUCCUCUUCGCCGACGACUGCGCCCUGGACACCACCUCGGAAGAGGAGAUGCAAUGGAGCAUGGACCUAUUCUCCGCCGCCUGCGAGAACUUCGGUCUGGUCAUUAACACGCAGAAGACGGUGGUGAUGCACCAACCGCCACCCAACUCAGCCACAGCCCCCAACGCGCCGCCGCAAAUCAGCGUGAACGGAACCUAA